AUGGCGGAUAAUGAGUUUGACGAGAUCAAAUUCAAGCAGGCCGUGGACAUGAGUACCUUCUCUCAGGUUUUGGCAAUGGAUGAUGAGGGAGAGUGCCAAUUCAGUUUGUCGAUGGUCUUGGAAUUCUUUGACCAAGGCAAAAAUACUCUUCCAGAUAUGGAAAACGCCCUGCAAGUCUCCCCUUUCUAUGUUACUCUAUCCCAUCUCAAUGAUUGCUCUGUGAUUUUCACUGCUUUCAGUGUACAAAGAGACCUACCAAAGCUGUCUUUUCUCGCAAGAUUUCUCAAAGGCUCCGCAAGUGCGUAUGGCUUGCGCAAGGUUCGACAAUGCUGCGAAAAGAUUGAACACUACGGCUCAAAGAGGAACGAAGACGGCUCCGCCGCAGAGUACGACGAAGACCUAUGUUUAAGUCGUAUCAACAGCGAGAUCGGCAUUCUAAGGAAUACGCUUACUGAGGCUCAAAUGGCUUUUGAAUUCUUUUACAAGACCAAACUUGCAUAA